AUUAUAUCUCGUUUAAUAUUAAAAAAUUACAAGUGACCUCCAGAUUCUUGGUAUCUACUGAAUGAGUAUUUUCUUUCUGAGUUGGAAAAUUUGAAAUCUGAGAGAAAACUUUUUUCACCGGGAAUCUGUGAGAAAAUUCUGCAAAAAAAUAGGAUCGAAUGAAGGAAAAUUUAGAGUAAAAUUGGAAGUGGAUUAAAUAGACGGAGAUUGUGAUUUGGGAACUCAAAGCCUUGUCAAAAUUGGGCUUUUUGCCGAUUUGAGAUAGUCCAAAAAUAAGCCCAUCGACAAAAGAAAUACAAAGAAAAAACAUCUCGACGAUUGUCUAACCCAUUAACCGUUAAAAAUAUAUAUGAUUUAUUCGUUGCGACUUUCUUCCUUCUAUCUCUCUCGCUCUCUGAAUUUUGACCAAAAUCUUCAGUUAUGGGAUUAUAGCAUCUGGGAUUGUUGUUUGGAUUCCUUCUUGUUAAGUUCAGAGAAUGGCAUUGUAUUUUACGAAGAAAGCUUCGACAGCAGAAUUGGAUGCCUACUAUCCAAUUAGACCAGAAUGCCAGGACAGUGUCCCAAAGACACGUUUUAAGCUUAGGGCAGGGAAAACUCUUAGUGCAAGGAGAUGGCAUGCUGCCUUCUCUGAAGAUGGUCAUUUGGAUAUAGAAAGUGUGCUGAGACGGAUACAAAAAGGGGGUGUUCACCCUUCAAUCAAAGGGGUUGUCUUGGAAUUCUUGUUAGGCUGCUUUGAUCCAGACAGCACCUUUGAAGAACGAAAUACUCUCAGGCAGCGCCGGAGGGAGCAGUAUGAAACAUGGAAAGCUGAAUGCCAAAAGAUGGUCCCAGUUAUUGGUACUGGAAAGUUUAUUUCAUCUCCUAUCAUUACUGAUGAUGGCCACCCUAUAGAAGAUACAGCAAAUUGCAAUGUGAGAGAUGGUGGAGUUAUGUCUGCAUCCUCUCAAGAUUCGGAAAAAAAAGUGAUACAGUGGAAGCUUUUGUUGCAUCAAAUUGGUUUGGAUGUUCUCCGUACAGAUCGAUCACUUGUCUUUUAUGAGAGUGAAUCCAAUCAGGCCAAACUUUGGACUGUUCUUUCAAUAUAUGCUUGGGUGGACACUGACAUUGGUUAUGUUCAAGGAAUGAAUGAUAUAUGCUCACCCAUGAUAAUUCUUCUGGAAAAUGAAUCAGAUGCCUUUUGGUGCUUUGAAUGUGCAAUGCGAAGGCUGAGAGAUAAUUUUAGGUGUAGUGCAAACUCGAUGGGCGUGCAGACUCAGUUGGGUACGCUUGCACAAAUAGUCAGAGCUAUUAAUCCCAAGCUUCAUCAACACCUUGAGGAAAUGGAUGGUGGAGAGUAUUUGUUUGCAUUUCGUAUGCUGAUGGUGCUUUUCCGGAGAGAGUUCUCCUUUGUGGAUUCAUUGUAUCUUUGGGAAAUGAUGUGGGCAAUGGAGUACAACCCAAAAAUUUUCUCAACAUAUGAAGAGACCGCAGAUGCUACAUAUCCCAGUGCUGCGCCCAAACUAAAUGACAAAUUGCUUAAGCAAUGUGGCAAAUUCGAGAAGAAUAAUGUAAAGAGUGGAUCCGGCGGUCCGCUCGCUGUUUUUCUUGUUGCAAGUGUUCUCGAGACUAAAAAUAAGCAACUAUUAAAGGAGGCAAAGGGAUUGGAUGAUGUUAUCAAGAUCAUAGGUGACACAACUGGAAAUCUGGAUGCUAAAAAAGCAUGCACCGAGGCUUUGAGGAUUCACAAAAAGUACAUGAACAAGGCCCAUAAGUCGUAGACAAAUUUCUUUCUUCAAGUUUUGCAGCCAAAUUACCCACUUCUUUUAUGUUGAUCUGCUAUUUAGUUACUGGUCUAUCAGUCCCUACCACAUAUGCUAGUUAUUGACGAUCCAACCAAUACAAGUAGUGAUGUAUUAUGUGUAAAUAAUUUAUAUUAAGAAUUCAGGAGCUGUAUCAUUUUUGUAUGUAAACAUUUUCUAUGUUCGGCUCUGAAAUGACCUUUCUAUCGACUAUAAUUUCUGACCUAAUCUUA